AUGGCUCUGCUGGACACCAGCAAGUACUCGCAGGGCUCAGUGCUCGGCAGCGUCAACCCUGACCUGGCCAGCGAGAGGCAAACAGCUUCUUUCAGCGUGGAAAAGCUCACGGCGCUGCUGGACGGCGGCACGGAGCAGACUCGGAUACGCAGGGCAGUGGUUGAAGCUAUUGAAUCCGACCCUGUGUUUAGCAGAGAAAAUCAGUAUUUCCAGACCCAGAAUGAGAGGUAUGAAGCAGCAGUCAGGAAGGCUGUUCAUCUCCAGAGAAAGAUGAAUGAGAUGGGAUGGACUGAGAAUGGACCUGAAUAUAAGUACAUUUACAGGGCACUGUCAGGAGACGUCGCAUUUCUCCUUCACCGUGUCUUCAUGAGAAGUAUUUCUGUGCUGGGCUCUGACAAACAGAUUGCCAAAUGGAUUCCUCUCGCCACCCAGUACAGGCUCAUCGGAAGCUACGCCCAGACUGAACUGGGGCAUGGAACUUAUCUUCAGGGAUUGGAAACAACAGCAGUGUUUGAUACUGCAACACAGGAGUUUAUACUGAACACUCCAAAGAUCUCUGCCAUGAAGUGGUGGCCUGGAGAUAUGGGAAGAUCAGCAACCCACACAGUGCUCUUUGCUCAGCUGUACAUCCAUGGGAAGUGCUAUGGCAUCCAUCCCUUCAUCGUGCAGAUCCGCAGCCUUCAGGACCAUUCACUCUGCCCAGGCAUAACUGCAGGAGACAUUGGUCCCAAAAUGAAUUUUGAGCACACUGACAAUGGCUACCUCAUGCUGAAGAAUGUGCGCAUCCCCAGGGAGAACAUGCUGAGCAAGUUCUGUGAGGUUCGACCAGAUGGCACCUAUGUAAGAACAGGCUCACAGCAGAUUAAUUACUUCACCAUGACCACAGUGCGCAUUUCCCUCAUUUCAGACGAGGUUAUAACACCCAUGAUGAAAGCUUGCACCAUCGCCAUCCGAUACUCCGUGGUUCGCCGGCAGUCCAAACUAAAGCCUGGUAGCUCAGCAAGCUGGACAGAUUUGCUGCCACAACAUCAGCGCAGUCCUGUUCACUUCAUACUCCAUGCAUUGUCUUCAGGCUUUAAAGCUGUGAUCACUCACCACUGCACUGCAGCAGUGGAGAUCUGCCUCAGGGCGUGUGGGGGACACGGUUACUCCCAGCUGAGUGGACUCCCUUCCUUGUACACCAAAAUCCUUGCCUCUUGUAUUUAUGAAGGGGAAAACACCAUUUUGCUCCUGCAAACUGCCAGGUUCCUGAUUAAGUGCUUCAUGGCAGCCAGUUCUGGCCAGCCUGUUCCACCAUCUGUCACUUACCUGGCUGCAGUGAAACCUGGGAAGUGUCCAGCCAAGAACAAGUUGGAUUUUCUCAGUCCAGAUAUUUACACUGAGGCCUAUCAACACGUGGCAUUCAGGCUCAUAAACAGCACAGCAGCUAAACUACAGGACUUGAUUCAGUCUGGAGCCAAGAAGCACGAUGCGUGGAACCAGUGCACAGUGCAGCUGGUGCAGGCUGCAAAGGCUCACUGCCACUACAUCACAGUGAAAAACUUUGCAGAAACUGUGGAAAAACUCGAGACCAAGGCUGGCAUCCAGAAGAUUAUGAAACAUCUCUGUGACCUCUUUGCACUACACGGGAUCUUCUCAAAUACAGGAGCCUUCCUGCAUGAUGGAUACAUAUCUGCAGCUCAAAUGGACAUGGUCACAUCAUCCUACCUGGACCUCCUGGCCAUCAUUCGGAAGGAUGCUGUUCCACUGGUGGAUGCCUUUGACUUCACAGACAAGAGCCUGAAUUCCGCGCUCGGCAGUUACGACGGGCAGGUCUACCAGCGGCUUUACGAGUGGGCUCAGAAGUCACCUACCAACAAGAUGAGCCCAGCCUACGAGAGGUAUUUGAAGCCACUUCUUCACAACACCCUAUCGAAAUUAUGA